UCUCUGCAUUUGCAUUGUUUUUUUCCCCAUUUCGUUUAGCUGUAGUCUACCUCUGUUUAAACUCCUGUUGCGCUUAUCAAUCUCUGAAUCUGAAACCCUAGAAACCAUGGGGAAGAAAGCAAAACCAAGCAACAACAACAACGAAAACUCCAUUAAUCCAAUCGAGUACUACGACAUAACAAUGAACAUCCUGUUCGCAAUAGUAUCCGAGCCCUAUUACCUCUUCCAUUUCCUCACUUUCUUCUCCUAUUUCUCCUUUCGUCUCUCCACUUCUCACUUAUUCUCCGAUCAAUUCGCCGGAUACCUUCUUCACCGAGAAUUUCAAGCGCUUGUUGCCUUUGUUACCUUAGCGGUUGUCAAGAUGGUGAAAGAAGAAACUUGGGAUGGGUUUAUUGCUGACACGCUCUUAUUUGCUAAGCUUUUUCUUGUUGGCAUUUCAUUGGUUGUGGAUUUUCACCUGGCACUCUGGUACAUGCUUACAUUCUUAGUUAUAUAUCUCUUUACACAACAACCUGCCUACAUGGGACUAGGUUCUGCAACUCAAUUAACACCACUGCAGUUGGAGUCUUUAUUAACUGAAGGUGGCACAUCAAGAUUUUGGUUGGUGGAAUUCCGCUCUUCAUUAUCAUCAUCCUGUAUACGCACCAGCCGCGUUCUCCCCGAACUUUCUAUUACCUUCUCGAAUAAAAAUAUAUCUUUUGGAGUAGUUGAUCUUGGGCUUUUCCCGAAUACGGCUGCAAGAUUUGGAAUCUCUCUUGGAGUACCUGAUCAACUCCCAACUUAUAUUUUAUUUGAGAAUGCGGAAGAGGUUUCCCGCUUUCCAGAUAUGCAUUCGGCAACUAAAUCUUCAGAUAUAUCGAAGAAAUGUCUUUGCCGGCAUUUUGAACUUGACAAACACUUGCUUGAUUAUAUUGGUGGCAAAUAGAUUGACUGUUGUGAUAUGAAUAAUUUGCUUCAACCGAUCUUCCACGUGUUGGCUUGCUCGUACUUAUUUCAAUGUAAUCUUUUAUGGACUCUUUUUCCUCUUUAUUCGACAAUAUAAAUUUUUCCGAA